AUGAGCAGUGAGGCUGGAGCUGAAGGCGGCGGCGAGGCAGGCGGAGGUCUUUUGCUGAACCAACCUGUUGUCAUUGACAAUGGUAGUAGCACGAUAAAAGCAGGCUUUGCCGGUGGGUCCAAGCCCAAGGUGGUCAUUGGGACCAAGGUUGGACGGGCAAAGCACAUGAGGAUCAUGCCAGGAGGAGCAUUGGAAGCUGAUAAGGAUCUUUCUGGUCCAUCCUCUAUCUUCGUUGGUCGAAAACUUGAUGAGCACAGAGGAGCUUUCCUGCUAGAGUACCCCAUGGAUAAAGGAUACGUUUCUGACGGAGGCUGGGAUGCCAUGGAGCGUCUAUGGGAGCAUGUCUAUGCCAAAAACAAUUUGAACGCCAAAAUUGACGACCAUCCUGUGUUGAUGACGGAGGCUCCUCUGAAUCCAAGAACUAACCGCGACAAAACUGCCGAAAUAUUCUUUGAAACAUUCCGAUCCCCUGCCAUGUUCUUCACACCGCCAUCCGUUUUGAGUCUGUACGCUUCUGGAAGGACCACUGGUGUGGUCUUGGAUGUAGGUGAAGGAGUCACUCACGCCGUGCCCGUCUAUGAGGGGUUUGCUCUGCCCCAUUCCGUCACACGAAGUGAUGUGGCCGGUCGUGAUGUGACACGCCAGAUGCAGCUGUUACUGCGUCGUUCAGGGCUCCCAUUCACCACCACUGCAGAGGUGGACCUGGUCAAGUCGUUGAAGGAAGAGGUAUGCUACUGCACGCCCAAUCCCACCAGUGCCAAUGACGAAGUUGCAGAAAAGGAAUCAAAGACGCAGUAUCAACUUCCUGAUGGACAGGCAGUUAGCUUGGCGUCCGAACGAUUCCAAGCACCGAACGUCCUCUUUGAUCCAUUCUUGUUUGGAUCCGAAGAAGCUGGUGUCGCUGACGUCCUUGUCACUUCCAUCAUGAAGAGUGAUAUAGAUUUGCGCUCCAAGCUGUAUUCCCAGAUUGUCUUGGCAGGUGGAUCGACCCUGUUCCAGGGCUUUGGAGAUCGAAUGCUGUACGAAGUUCGGUCGAGAUCACCUUCUCACACCCGUAUACGAAUCUCGGCGCCUCCGGAAAGGCUUCAUUCUGCCUAUGUUGGUGGCUCUAUUUUGGCCAGUCUUGCCACUUUCAAGUCCAUGUGGGUGUCCAGAGCCGAUUAUGAAGAACACGGAAGCGCUAUUUUGCACCGCGCUGAUUUGUAG